GUUUAAAACUUCCUGGUGUUUUGAGAAUAAAGAAGGUUGUCGAUGUACUUGAUCUGUAUACUAUAUAGAAGCGCACGGUUAUACUUGAGUUAAUUCGUUUUAAAGAAUGAGAAGUGAAUGAUUUGUAAUUAUAUUAGGAGAUGGAUAAUAUGUGUGAUAUUAUAUAAGUUUAAGUUGACACGUGAUGGCAACAGUGAUGACGUCACCUCGUAGACCCUCGUUACCAACACCAAAUACCCCAGCUCAUGUUCGAAUAGGUUUUCAAGGACACAGUCAAGCCAGCGACACCGCACCCCCUCUACCCUCGAGGGAUCAUCCUUUAAGGAGAAAGGCGUUUGAAACAAAUUCUUUUGUGGAUAGAAACACAGCGAAGGCAUAUUCUGACCCACAACGGGCAGCCCACAUUGGAAGAUCGCAAAGUGAAUCAAAUCAUCAUAACAACGCGCAUCAACAAAGUCAUGCGCAUGCGCAUUCAGCUCAACAGUCACGCCAAAGACAACCUAAAGCAGCGGCAGACGAUCCUCUACCACCGCCCCCACCUUCAUCCCGACCCCCGACAAGACCCCCGCCCCAAUAUGAGACCAGUCCACCACCACCACCAGUUGAACGUUUACCAGUCAGAAAGCAGCUAAGUCAACGAGAGACAAAUGCAACAGGCCAGCGUUCCGCACACACAUUGCCAAGGCAGCGGUCUACACAAGACGUCCCACCAGAGCUACCACCAGCCAGACCCCCAAAAACAUCCGUUAGCUCCAACUCAUCGAUAGAUUCUGGGCACGCACCGGUCCCUAGCAGACCUCCUAAAGGUCAGCUACGGUCAGCACAUUCGUUUGAAGAUUUUGAAAAUAGAUUUCGGUUCCAUGACCCUGCAGAUUUUCCGGAACCAGAAACGUCACAAAUAACUGAUAACAGAGUAUAUCCUAGCCUGCAAGCUAAAAGAAAAUCUAGAAAAUAUCAUGACGACAGCCUUGGAGCAUUAUGAUAGCUAUGAAAGUUCUCUACACGAUUCUUGACAACUAUAUUCCGAAUAAUAUGAAAGACGCUUUUGGCAAUAAUUUAUACACUUUUUUAUAGUAUGCGUUUCCGUGGAUAUUUGUUGUUUUUUUAUAUAUAUAACUGGUGUUAAAAUAUAUGUCGCGGUAUCGAUGGCCAGUUGUUGUACAGCAGAGUUGUGCGCUUUGAAUAUAACUUAUUAAAUAACUUAUUUAAUGUGUACAAGUUAUAACAAAGCCGGAAGUGAAUUGUUAACUUCCGACAGGAUAGUGUAAUAUACACGUAUUUUUAUUAAACUAAAAUGUACCUGUUAUGUAAAUUUGUACUUCUCAAUCUGACUUUUAUUUUAGAUCUUCUGAAGCGUAGCGUUAUUAAAGAGCGAAUUUUGAAUAUAUUGCGUAAUGUUGAUCUGCGCGUGCAUUCAUUGUAAAGCGUCAUUAAUUUCCGGUAAAUGGUGUAAUUAGCAUGCAGAAAAUUGACUUUCCUAAGCAACGACCUGACAACCGAAUUAAGAAAAUGUGAAGUUUUAAUCGUUUUGUUUUGAAUGUUUGUUGUCUGUUUUUGUGAUGUUUUAGAUGAAAAGUUUAUAUACCCUUGAUAACUAUGUGGCAAUUUGAAUGAAAACUUUAAAUUGACGAAAUAUACAGUGUAUGUUAUUAAAUGUAAAUGUGUUUUUCACUCAGCAAAGCAAUUUAUGAAACGUUCUAAGCGAACUGCUUGCUUGAUAUGGAGAGAGGCUUUGCUUAUUUUGACAUGAAGUGGAGCACUGCUUGUUGGACAUGAUGUGGUACAUUGCUUAUUUGACAUGAAGAGGAGCAAUGAUUGUUUCACAAGAAGUGAAACACUUAUUAUUUGACAUAAAAUGGAACAUUGCUUGCUUGUCAUGAAGUGGAGCAUUGCUUGUUUGGCAUGAAGCGGACCAAUAAUUGUUUGACAUUGAGUGAAGCAUUGCUUUUUGACCUGAAUAAGAAGAUUGCUUGUUCUUAAAAUAAAGGAGUGUUUCUUGUUUGACAUAGUGGGAACACUGUUUUUGACACGGAGGAGCAUUGCUUGUUUGACAUAGAAAAAGGAAUGACUUAGUUGACAUUUAUGUGUGUUGGACACAGAAAAAGAGGAUUGUUUGUUUGACAUAUAGAGAGGAACAUCUUUUAUUGACAUUCAGAUGGACAUUUCUUGUUUGACAUUAAAAAAAAUAAAAGUGGCAAUUUUCUUUAUUAUACAUAAAGAAUACAUGUAUAUAGACACUUAUUUUGGGGUAAUAUUGUUUGUAAUAUAAAAUUGGUAUUCUUCUGGUGAGCCAGAUAUAUAACGGAGUUAUUUCCUCUUCAUUUUCAGGUUUAUGUUCCUUGUAAUGUUAAAAUGUAUUUUUUAGAAUUUAAAUAUAGAUAUUAAUAUAAAGUUUAAUUAACUGUUAGCAUAUGUUUGUUAAUUUUCAAUUGUGAAUAUUUUUCUAAGUAAAACACAUGAAUACCUUACCGUUUACACAUAACAGCAGUCAAAUCAAUAAACAAUAUAUAAAA